AUGUUGAAGAUCGUCGCUUUACUCGCUAUCUGCAUUGCUGUUGCCUCUGCUUCUACCUGUGCCACCACUGGUUGCCCAUCCAACCAAGCCUGUUACGGUACCAUUAACGCCACACCAACCUGUUACAACUAUGGUAACUGUGGUAUCGUCCCAUGUCCAUCUGGUCAAUCAUGUUUGGUCAUUGCCGGUCAAGCUCAAUGUGUUGCCCCAACUGUCUGCCCAUCAUGUUCCUCCGAUCAAGCCUGUGCCUUUGUUACUGGUAACUGCGGUAUUGUUCCAUGUUCCCCAGGUUGUUUCACCUAUGGUAACUGUGGUAUUGUCCCAUGUCCAUCUGGUCAAUCAUGUGUUGUUGUUGCUGGUAAUGCCCAAUGCGUCAACGCUCUCUAA